AUGAUUUAUGAGCUUCUUAGAGGUGUGCGCCAGCAUUUUGAUAGGUUCAUCAAAGACCUAAAGCCUGGUGAUUUGGAAAAAGCUCAACUUGGACUAGCUCACAGUUACAGCAGAGCAAAGGUGAAGUUCAAUGUUAACCGGGUGGAUAACAUGGUUAUUCAAGCUAUUUUCCUACUUGACACGCUUGAUAAGGAUGUCAAUUCCUUUGCUAUGAGAGUCAGAGAAUGGUACUCGUGGCACUUCCCUGAACUUGUCAAGAUAGUCAAUGAUAACUACCUUUAUGCCCGAGUUUCAAAGAUUAUCGAGGACAAGUCGAAGUUGUCUGAAGAGCACAUCCCAAUGCUUACUGAAGUCUUGGGGGAUGAAGAUAAGGCAAGAGAGGUUGUUGAAGCUGGAAAAGCAUCCAUGGGCCAGGAUUUAUCACCCGUUGAUCUGAUCAACGUCCAGACCUUUGCUCAGAGAGUUAUGGACCUUGCUGAUUACAGGAAGAAGCUCCAUGAUUAUCAUGUUACUAAAAUGAGCGACAUUGCUCCAAAUUUGGCAGCCUUGAUCGGAGAGAUGGUUGGUGCUAGGUUGAUUUCACAUGCAGGAAGUCUUACAAAUCUUGCCAAGUGCCCAUCUUCAACUCUCCAGAUUCUCGGUGCUGAGAAGGCACUUUUCAGGGCGCUGAAAACACGUGGAAACACACCCAAAUAUGGUCUAAUAUUCCAUUCGUCAUUCAUCGGGCGUGCAUCUGCCAAAAACAAGGGCCGUAUUGCUCGUUACCUUGCAAACAAGUGUUCCAUUGCUUCCCGGAUUGAUUGUUUUGCAGGUAUAAAUUAG